CUUGGCCCCGGGGCUUGUACUGUGGGGCCCCAGCGCUCCCUUCUGCCAGGUAGCUAGCACACCUGCUCCCCGUAGAUGUCAUGAAGUCCCCAGGUCCCGGCUUGGCAGUGAACGAUGACGAGGAGCACACGGACAGCACGCCCCUCCUGCAGGGCGCCCUGCGGUUCGAAGCCGCUCCAGUAUGCUGCUCGGCUCGUUACAACUUAGCAGCCUUGGCAUUUUUUGGAUUCUUCGUUGUCUAUGCGUUACGUGUGAACCUGAGUGUAGCUUUAGUGGACAUGGUCGAUACGAAUUCAACCUUAGCCGAUAACAGAACCUCCGAGGAGUGUCCAGAACAUUCUACUCCUGUAAAAGUUCUUCAUAAUCAAACGGGCAGAAAGUACCAAUGGGAUGCAGAAACUCAAGGAUGGAUUCUCGGUUCCUUCUUCUAUGGCUACAUCAUCACGCAAAUUCCUGGAGGAUACAUUGCCGGCAAAAUAGGGGGGAAACUGCUGCUAGGACUUGGGAUCCUGGGCACUGCUGUCCUCACCCUGUUCACCCCCGUUGCUGCAGAUCUGGGGGCUGGAGCUCUCAUCGCACUCCGAGCCCUGGAAGGCCUGGGAGAGGGUGUCACAUUCCCAGCCAUGCAUGCCAUGUGGGCUUCCUGGGCUCCCCCUCUGGAAAGGAGCAAGCUUCUGACCCUUUCAUAUGCAGGAGCACAGCUUGGGACAGUAAUUUCUCUUCCUCUUUCUGGAAUGAUUUGCUACUACAUGAAUUGGACUUACGUCUUUUACUUUUUUGGAGUACUUGGAAUAUUGUGGUUUAUUUUAUGGAUGUGGUUCGUUAGCGACACACCAGAGACGAACAAGAGAAUCUCCCAAGCUGAAAAGGAAUACAUUGCUUCCACAUUAAAAAAUCAGCUUUCUUCACAGAAGUCAGUGCCGUGGGUUCCCAUUUUCAAGUCACUGCCACUCUGGGCUAUUGUAGUUGCACAUUUUUCUUACAACUGGACUUACUAUACUUUAUUGACGUUACUGCCAACUUACAUGAAGGACAUCCUAAGGUUUGAUGUUCAAGAGAACGGGUUGUUAUCUGCAUUGCCUUAUUUUGGUAAUUGGGUAUGUAUGAUCCUAGCUGGUCAAGCUGCUGACAAUUUAAGGGAAAAAUGGAAGUUUUCAACCAUAUGCGUUCGCAGAAUUUUUAGCCUUAUAGGGAUGAUUGGACCCGCAGUCUUCUUAGUAGCCGCGGGAUUCAUAGGCUGUGAUUAUUCUUUGGCUGUUGCGUUCCUGACCAUAUCAACAACCCUGGGAGGCUUUGGCUCUUCUGGAUUUAGCAUCAACCAUCUGGAUAUUGCUCCUUCGUACGCCGGCAUCCUCCUGGGGAUCACCAACACCUUCGCCACCAUUCCAGGAAUGAUCGGGCCUGUCAUUGCUAAAAGUCUGACCCCCAACGGGAAGUGCAGAACUGGGCCCUCGACGAUCACCACGGACACAGAAACUGAAGGAACCAAUCACUGA